AAAAACCCCCCCACACUCAACACAAACAACUUAAACAAAUUAGACCCAUCAAAAACCAAAAUCUUAGAACAAUCUUUUACCAAGUAUUAAAAACAACAACACUAAAUGGCAAGGAAGAGAAAGGCUUGUGAUGAAGGAGCGGUGGUGGAAGAGAAAAUUAAUAGUAAUAUGGAAGGAAACAUGAGUUGGGAUGAGAUGGUGAAGGAGGCUGCAGUGGCCGCCGCAUUGGGAGGAGCAAGGCGUGCUCGAAAGCGAUUUGUGGGCGUCCGGCAGCGGCCGUCGGGCCGAUGGGUUGCUGAAAUCAAGGACACCAUACAGAAGAUAAGAGUGUGGUUGGGGACUUUUGACACAGCUGAGGAAGCUGCAAGGGCCUAUGAUGAAGCUGCCUGCCUGCUAAGGGGAGCCAAUACAAGGACAAACUUCUGGCCUUGUUCACCAUCAACUUAUGCAACUCCGGCUCUUCCCUCAAAGAUCACAAACCUUCUUCUUCAAAGACUCAAAGCGAAGAACAAUUCAGCCUCUUCUGCGUCGAUUUCUUCGCCUGUGAAUCCGCAAGAAAAUCAGCUUCAUCAAGUAGAGGAGUAUAGUAAUAAUAAACAAGAACAAGCAGUUGCAGCUGAGCAUUUCAACGGUUCACAGUUCACUGAUUUUCUUAACGAUCCUGAAGAUUAUUACACCAAUGAUAAUAUCAUUACCACUAAUGGAAGUACUCUUGAUUCGAUGACAAACAGUUUCGAGUCUUGUUUGACUGAAAAAGAAGAAGACUAUGCAGGCCAAUGUUCCAGUGCUGACGGCGAAUUAUAUCAAGAACAAGAAGAAUAUAAUGAAGUUGAGCCUAUCGACUUUCAUUUCCUCGACGACGUUGACUCUUCGAGUUUCUAUUCUCCAUUUGAGAUGGCAGAAGACAUAGAGGAGCCAAUGGAAGCCGGAGAGAAUUAUGCAGAUGAGCCAUCAAUGCUGAGAGCUGCAAUGAAGAGAAUGAAAUAUGAGAGGAAAUUCUCAGCUUCUUUGUAUGCCUUCAAUGGCAUCACAGAGUGCUUGAAAUUGAAGCUGGGAUCAGUGAAUGUGAAUGGGAAAGGCAAAUCAGAACAAGUAACAAAACUUCAAAAUGCUUGUAACAAGAACAAGUUAAUGGAAGAGGAUGAAAUUCAAGAGAAGAAAGAGGAAGAAGAAGAGAACAAGGAGGAAGUUAUCAGUUCAAGCAAUAUUGAAGGAGAACUGUCACUUUGGAGCUCACUUGAUCUCCCACCAAUCUGCUUUGUCAACUAAUCGACAACAUACACCAACGUAGAUGAGCGUCGCUCGCAAUAGGAAUAUAUCAUGAAAAGAUGAUUUUGAUGAUAUGGUCUAAUUGAUUCAUUACUGAACUUACUUUAUAUG